UGAGUCCCGAUACAACUCCAAAGAAAAAUGGUUCGAUGUGGAAACUAUCUCUAGUUUUUUCUGGACUGCCUUGCUUUGGAACAUCAUUAGUCGAGCAAUUCUUCUGAAGAGGAAAGCCAUAGAGACCACUGUUUCCAUUGUAGAUGUCAGGAUGUUCAUUAUAGAUGCUAUCAAGUUGUGUACCUGAUGGUAUCCUUCCUGUCAGAUUGUUGUUGGCAAUGUACGGGCUCCAGGUGCUCGCCGACGACAUCCAGGACGACGCCGGGAACGUCACGCGGUUCGUCCCGCGAACGGACCCGGCCAUUCAAGACGAGCAUCGUGUUCGCGCACGACAGGGAGGGCACGUCGGUGCUGUUCAAGGUGCUGUCGGCCUUCGCGUUCCGGGACAUCAGCCUCACCAAGAUCGAGAGCCGGCCACACCGCCACCGCCAUCCCAUCCAGUUCGUCGACGGCGCCAACGUGGGCACGGCCAAGCACUUCGAGUACAUGUUCUACAUCGACUUCCAGGCGUCCAUGGCGGAGGUCCGCGCUGUCGGAGAUACAGGAGUUCACCUCCUUCCUCCGCGUGCUCGGCAGCUACCCCAUGGACAUGACGCCAUGGAUGAUGAUCGAUCAACAAGACUGAUGCUCAAAUUUUAUGUCGCAGGAGCCGGGGAAAAGCUGCAGGCCAACAUCAGAAUUGCAUCUGGGAUGACGAGGAUAUUAGCUAUUUUUUUGGGACCCUGGAUCCAAAGGAUCAAUGGUGCAGAAGGCAUUCCACCCACAAUGAGAAUCGCUUUUAGUUUCUGCAGUGAGCAUAUGUGGUCAAUUAAAACUUGUGCUGACACUCCGUUUCUCUUGCUGGGAUGCGGUGCCUUCAGUCUUCGGAGGCGUCUCAAACUUUCUAUGGCUGCGAUGCGGUGCCUUCAACUUCAGUCUUCGGAGGCGUCUGAAACUCUCUAUGACUGGGAUGCGUGGGAUGCGUUGCCUUCAAUCUAGAGAGGCAUCUGAAACUCUUUGUAUGACGAAAAGAUCAUAACAUGGGUCGGUACUUCAACAGUGCCUGUGCGUUCUACCGGGAAGUGUACGGACCAGAAAAUUGAGGAAAAGUUAAGAAAAAUUUAUAUUAUGUAAUUAAUUAAAAUACAAAUUUUCUGAAAUAUUUAGUAUUUUUAAGUAGGUAGGUGUAUAAUUAAAU